UCCGCUUCGCAAAACACCAAAAUGCGAAUCAAUGUAGUCUUCCUACCCCAGAUUCACGUACGGCAGUUUAGGCAGUCUGGGGUAAAGUCGUAGACGGAACGACUUGUGCCACCAAUCAAAUGAUACAGCGCCAUCGGUGUUUGCCUCCACACUUCCCCGCAAAGUCACGAUGUCCACGGGAAUAUGGUAUUCUACACGCUUACACGAUAGUCGGCCCGGAAUGUGUAAGUGCGACGGAACAAUUAUAGAUUCUAGUAAUCCAGUAAAGGGGUGCACCUCUUUGUCUCUAAGGCUUGGUAUAAGUACCUGGCCGUCCCGAUUACCAGGUAACCAGAUCCCAAGUCAUUCAUUACCCGUCGUUCAUCAUGGCAAUUCAACUUAAAUAUAUCCUUGCAGUUGCAAGUGUUUUCUCCGGGGCGUUUGCCGACAAAUACUCCAGGACAAAGCCCGAUCGAGGCGCGCUAGUGGUCGAUGCAACUGGCGCUACCAUCGGCAGCUACCCCAACAUCAGUGUCGCUGUGGACGCCCUGCACAACUUGACUGAUGCACAAAAGAUCUUCAUCCUACCCGGCGUCUACAAUGAACAAGUCUACGUCCCUCCUCAUGUCGGACCUAUUACCAUCCAAGGCUACACCAAGAACGCACGUGGCUACAAGGACAAUGAAGUCACUAUUACAAACAACUUCUCCCGUCAGAUGCCUGAGAUUCUCAACAACGACGCAACAGCUACUCUCCGCUUGAACUCACCAAAUGUCCGACUCUACAACCUGAACAUCGCCAACACGGCUGGCCAAUUCCGUCAGAACGGACAAGCGCUUGCAAUCAGCGCACAGAAGACAAAUCAAGGUUUCUACGGCUGCCAGUUCACCGGCUACCAGGACACCAUUCUCGCCAACAACGGCCGUCAAAUCUACGCCAAGUCCUUCGUCAACGGAGCCGUCGACUUCAUCUUCGGUCAGCGAGCUAUCGCCUGGUUCGACAAGAUCGACAUCCAGGCCAUCGGCCCCGGCUACAUCACCGCCAACGGCCGCGACGCCGAGAACAACACUAGCAUCUACGUCUUCAACGAGGUCAACGUCUCCGGCACCAACGGCACCAACACGACUGUGCUGGGCCGCCCGUGGAGACCAUACUCCAGAGUCAUUUUCCAGAACAGCUACCUCAGCGACGUGGUGAAGCCUGAGGGAUGGUCUCGAUGGGAUAACACGCAGAGCACUGAUAAUGUGGUUUACCAGGAAUACAAGAACUACGGACCUGGUGCUAAUGUUGAGGCGAGGGCGAACUUUUCGUCGCAGGCUGUUGCGCCGAUCAAGGCUUCGGAUCUGUUUGGCAGGGGUUUUGAGAAGGAGAACUGGGUUGAUGCGGACUAUUUGUAGAUGUAGGGGAGAUGGUGGGGCUAUUAUUCUUGUAUGAUGAAUUUGAUGGAGCUGGUACCCGUACUGCUCA